AUCGACUUGUGUGUUGAUGGUGAUCACCGUCAGCGAGUUGAUGGAGCGCUGGAACAAGAAGCCAAAGCAGGCAGCCCCGCCCUGGCCACUCAACUCAUCGGGCACCGACAUCGUCGAGGGCAUCAUCAUGCAGGCGACCGUCACCACUUCGGACAUGCUCGAUCUGCUAGCCGAGUGCCUCUCCUUUGAGGCAGAGCAGGAGUGGGUGCCGGCCGCCGCCGGCUGUCAGCUCUGCGGAGGUUUCCCGUACUCGACGAAGUGCGACGUCUCGCGCCAGUUUGGCGUGUGCGGCUGUGUGGUCGCGGCCGAGAUGGAACAAGCGGCGGAGGCUGAGGCUCGCCAGGCGCAGGCCGCCGCGUUUGCCCACACAGUCAAGGGGGUCCUGUACGGCGCCCUCCCGCUCUCCCUCUCCUUCCCGGACAUCGCGGAGGGCCUCCUCGCCGCCCAAGGCCGUACGCCUCUCGUCUGCCCCUUGCCUGGCGUCGGUGGCCCCAACCGCAAGCGCGCCCGGCCGCCACUCGCGCCUCCCUCCCGCCCGGUCGCCCGCCGCGACGCGCCACGCACCACACGCUACAACCGGCUCGGCCGCCGCCACACCUGAAUGAGGAGGCUAGCCAACGACACAGAGUCUGGCGAGACUCGGACAGACUGACGCCGACCGUCGGGCGACCGCGAGGCGCGGCAGAGCGCCAGUGCGGUGGACAUCAAGAAGGUGUGGCGCCCGCAUGUGCAUGUGCAUGUGGUGAGUGACGCUUGAGGACAAGGAUGGAGCAUUGCAUUGUUAACAGCUUUAGAGAGAUCGCGCGUCUUGUUUUGGACCUCUCUCUUUCGUUGAGUUCUACUACUUACAAGUGUGAGCCGUAGACCGUGUAGAGUUCUACACUGUCACGAGCCUCAUCUCUCC